UUUUCCCUUUUUAUUCCGUAGUUUUUACUACGGAGUACAAAGUGACUCCCGCGUGACGUGCUGACGUCGCGCGUAUUCCGAAUGCUGCUGGCUCGAAUUUUCUGCUCAGACCGUUCUUCAGUCUCUUUCUCUCUACCAUUUUGGAUUACCGCCGCCGCCACCACCACCGUCCGCGCCGCCGGGGCCUUUCUAUGCGAGAUAACAGACUCGGCUACCGCAGCCACGGCUAUCACCGGAGCUUCUAUGUGUAGCAAAACCAAAAUUGGUCCUCGGAGUCGGUUAAAUGCUCUUAGGGUUGCCGAGCUUCGUUGUGGUCGUUCUGCUGAUUUUCGGUCUAUUCAUUCGCUCUAUAUGCAGGAGCGCGACGGAUAAGGAGGAAGAGAUCACGAGGUUCGUCACCGUUGCUGCCAAAGAGGCCAAACAUGUCGAGCCUGAUGGCUCGGUAGGGUACAACUCCGGCUCCGUGGAAUCCUUGCCUCUCAAGAAGGGUCAAUGUUGCGCCGUCUGUUAUUGCCCCACCACUACUCGCUGCUCGCGCUGCAAGGCUGUUCGUUACUGUUCUAGGAAUUGUCAAAUUUUUCAUUGGAGGCAGGGCCACAAGGAUGAGUGCCAGGCACAAAUUGCAUUGCACACUGACAGGGGAAGUAAACAUGUUAUGCCAUUGACUGAGGUCAAAGCUUUCUCAAACUCUGUACACAUGCGUUCUGGUCCACCAUCUCCAAAUAUUUCACAGCCUUAUUCUUCUUCUUCUACUCCCAAAAGUGAAAUAUCUUAUGAUACUUGUAGAAGUGAAGUGGCUGGGUUAGGAACUUCUGAAAUUUCCUCUUCUGAUGCAUCUAGAAUGUUCACAGAUAUUGGUGAUGCAGGACAACAGAGAUGCAUCCCUUUGGGAUCCCCUCUAUGCUCUUCAAAGAGCUUUCAAAAUAAGGAAGCUAGUUGUGGUACUGCCAUGUUAAAAGAGAUUACAGAAAAUAAACGAAUCAACUCAUCUUAUUGUGAGAAGGAAGACUUGUCACCUAUAAGUAAUGGAGCCAAAUUCAUUCCUGCUAGAGAUCAAGGUUACAAUGGCUCAUCUGCAUAUGAAAACAAUUAUGCCUCACCUUUAGAAGUUGGGAAUGUUCUGAAUGUGUCACAACGUGCAAGCAAGGGUUUGAGGACAUCCAUAUGGAAUGUAAUACAACAUUUUAGACCCAUUAAAUAUUCCAAGUCCAACACACAACACAUAGAACAGGAUUGUGCUAGGAAAAGUAACCAUAAGGCAAUAUUUCCUUACGAGUUAUUUGCACAACUGUACACUGUUGAACUGGUGGAACUUUAUCCUUUUGGCCUUUUGAACUGUGGGAACAGCUGUUAUGCAAAUGCUGUCCUUCAAUGCAUGGCUUUUACGCGUCCUAUUACAUAUUAUCUUCUACAAGGGCUUCACACAAAGACAUGUCAGAAGAUAGAUUGGUGUUUCAUCUGUGAGUUUGAAUGUCUCAUUCUGAAGGGGAGAGAGGGGAUGUCUCCUUUAUCUCCAAUUGGGAUACUAUCCCAUAUACAGAAGAUAGGAAGCUGUCUAAUUCGUGGAAGGGAGGAAGACGCCCAUGAAUUCUUGAGGUAUGCAGUGGACACAAUGCAAUCCAUAUUCCUCAAGGAAGCUGGAGCUAAAGGUCACUUUGCAGAGGAAUCCACCCUUGUAGGUUUAACUUUUGGGGGUUAUCUUUGUUCAAAGAUAAAAUGCUUGAAGUGUUCAGGAAGAUCUGAACAGUUUGAUUGGAUAAUGGAUCUUAGUGUAGAAAUAGAUGGAGAUAUUGAAACUCUUGAAGAGGCUCUUGCACAAUUCUCAGCUCCUGAAAUACUGGAUGGGGAAAAUAAGUACAAAUGCAGUAGAUGUAAGUCUUAUCAGAAAGCUGAAAAGAAGUUGACAGUGCAUGAAGCUCCUAACAUUCUUACAGUCAUUUUAAAGCGAUUUCAGUUGGGAGGCUUGGGAAAGUUGAACAAAUCGGUACAGUUCCCUGAGGUUCUUAACCUUGCUCCAUUUAUAAGUGGAACUACUGACAAAGAUUCUGCAUACAUUCUGUAUGGCGUGGUUGUUCACUUGGAUAUGAUGAAUGCAGCUUACAGUGGUCAUUAUAUAAGUUAUGUCAAGGACUUUCAAGGGCAGUGGUUUAGAAUUGAUGAUUGCAGGGUUGUACCAGUGGAGUCCCAGUCUGUCUUAUAUGAAAGGCCAUACAUACUCUUUUAUGCAAGGUAUACUAGGCAAACUCCAUGCUUGGUGAGGAACUUCAAGAUAUCCUCUGAUUUGGAAUCUAAGAGGAGUUCAGAAGCUAUUUCUUCUGGUAAUAUCAAAAAGAAAAAAAAGUCGAAAUUGAGUACAAGCAGGGAUUCAGGUCACCUGCUUCAUAGGUCUGACCCUAAUGAUCAUAGCUUGGAUCUUGGAGGUUGGAGAUCAGUAGAUUCAUCAAGUGAUACUUCAUCCAUUUUCAGCUUCUCAGAUACUAGUUCUUAUAGUACUGACAGCACCAAGGACUCGAGUGCUGAGGAGAUUUCUGGAUAUAUAUUUGGAUCAAGCUAAGGUGGUAGAGGUAAUCUGACUUCUUGUUUAGCAACUAUGGUGCCUGAUCACAAUAUUAAUGUGAUGGAUGCCUGGAAGGAACUUGACAGAGGUUAUAUAAUAUAUAUACACUUAAAAUAACACCUCUUGAAAGAUCAGAAACGGCAAACAUUACAUUUGUAGUUGUACAAAUGUGAAUGCAUUAAGGAUCCGUUUGGAAACCUGUAAAAUCGAUCUCUUCAUAUACGCAUACAUACUUAUAUA